UGAAAAGUGGGGGGCGGCGCCGUGAAACGAUGCACAAACAAGCGGGCAAGCGAACUGCAGCAAAGUGGUAGUGUAAAAUUAGAAAAGCGACGUUGUGUCACCCUCCUUCGAAGCCUUUGGAGUAAAUGGGAAAAAUCGGAAAACAAUCACAUAAAAACGUUACUCUUCUUUCCUUUUUCAUUUGUUUUGUAUAUAUAUAUGCAUUUGUUUCCCUCAUGAAACAGUUCUUGUUUGAUUCGCGUUUCUUUCUGUAAUUUAUUUGCUGUGGUUUCAAGUUUUAAGCGUUUAAGCGUGAAUAAGCGUAAAAUAGUUUUAGGUAUUUUGGCGAUUAUUCGUCCACUGGGGAACAAUAACGCUGGUCAAUUUAAAUACAUUUUACUCAAUUGUAGGCGACGUAAAGAACGUGGUAAGGUGCUCUAAGAGCAAACACACACAGACACACACGAUCCAGGAGGACCUUUAGCCUGGUACUAUAUGUUUUAAGGCACGUCUGGAAUUUUUGGGGCAAUUUCGGAACAAAACAAGCUUGAACAAAAUGCCGAGCGUGGCCCAUAUCCUUGUCACUCUGGCAGUCCUGGGCGUGCUCAGAUUUUCUGGGGCACCCUGGUCCUGGAGUCUGGCUGCCGGUGUGGUGGGGGUGUAUCUGGGAAUGCGACACUGGCGCUACCUCUAUGUCGUGGCACGCACCAUCAAGAGAGACCUCACUGGCCUGUACGUGCUGCUGCGCGUGAAGCGGGACAUCCGGCACCACCUGCGGCGGGGCGGCACCAUCCCUAGCGUCUUCCGCCAGACGGCGGCGCGGCACCCGGACAAGCCGGCCCUGGUGUGCGAGGCCACGGGCCAGAGCUGGAGCUUCGCGCAGCUGGACGGCCUGUCCAACGCCGUGGCCCACUGGGCCCUGGAGCAGGGCUGGGCCCCGGGCCACGUGGUGGCCCUCUACAUGGAGAGUCGGCCCCUGCUGGUGGCCCUGUGGCUGGGCCUGGCCAAGGUGGGCGUGGAGGCGGCGCUCAUCAACUACAACCUGCGGCGUCGGGCGCUGCUGCACUGCAUGGAAGCUUCCGGGUCGCGGGGGUUCGUCUUCGGAGCCGAGCUGGCCGACGCUGUGGCAGAGGUGAGUGGCUCCCUCUCUGACUCCAUACUGCGGUUCUGCUCUGGGGACCUGAGUGUGGACCGCCUGGCCUCCCUCAGCGCCCAGCCCCUGGACCCCCUGCUGAGCACCGCCUCCCGCCUCACCCCUCCCUCCACCCACAACAAGGGAUUCAACGACAAACUGUUCUACAUCUACACCUCCGGCACCACUGGACUCCCCAAAGCGGCCAUCAUCGUUCACAGCCGGUACUACCGCAUCGCUGCGUUCGGUCACUAUGGCUACCGCAUGCGUCACGACGACGUCCUCUACAACUGCCUCCCUCUGUAUCACUCCGCAGGGAACAUCAUGGGGGUGGGUCAGUGUCUGAUUUACGGGAUGACGGUGGUGGUGAAGAAGAAGUUCUCUGCCAGUCAGUUUUGGGAUGACUGCGUCAAGUACAACUGCACGGUGGUGCAGUAUAUCGGGGAGAUCUGUCGGUACCUGCUGUCCCAGCCGGUGCGUCCCUCGGAGACGCGGCACCGCGUGCGUCUGGCGGUGGGGAACGGGCUCCGCCCCAGCGUGUGGGAGGCCUUCACCGAGCGCUUCCGGGUCGCCGAGAUCGGCGAGUUCUACGGAGCCACCGAGUGCAACUGCAGCGUCGCCAACUUGGACGGCAAGGUUGGGGCGUGCGGGUUCAGCAGCCGCAUUCUCCCGAGCGUGUACCCCGUCCGUCUGGUGAGGGUGGAAGAGGAGAGCAUGGAGCUGGUUCGCGACGAGACGGGGCUGUGUGUUCUCUGUGAGCCGGGGCAGCCAGGGCUUCUGGUGGGCCGGAUUAACCAGCAGGACCCCCUGAGGCGAUUCGACGGGUACGCCAGUCAGGAAGCCACCAGCAAGAAGAUCGCUCACGACAUCUUCAGGAAAGGAGACUCUGUCUACCUCUCAGGUGAUGUUCUGGUGAUGGACGAGUUGGGGUACAUGUAUUUUCGGGACCGCAGUGGGGACACGUUUCGCUGGAGGGGGGAGAACGUUUCCACCACGGAGGUAGAGGAGACCCUCAGCACCCUGCUGGAGCAGACCGACGUGGCCGUGUACGGAGUACCUGUACCAGGUGUUGAGGGAAAGGCGGGGAUGGCGGCCAUUGCUGAAGGGGCAGGGAGAUUUGACUGUGACACUUUUUUGCGGGAGGUGCAGCAGGCCCUGCCCCCCUACGCCCAACCCAUCUUCCUGCGCAUCAGUCCCCAGGUGGACACCACAGGCACCUUUAAGAUCCGGAAAACCAGAUUAAGGAGGGAGGGGUUUGACCCACACUGCUCCCCUGACCGGAUCUACUUCCUGAAUCGCCGGGCUGGUCGUUAUGAGGCCUUGGACGAGGAUCUUUACCAGGCCAUCGUGGAGGGAAGGAUACCUCUAUGAGACAGACACACAGACACACAGACAGACUUGCGAUGGGACUGAAUGUACUGCUAUUGGGAUACCUGCAUGGGUUCUCCCCAUCGACCGCAUUCAGGGAAAACAAAGUCUGAAUUAACGUAAAAAUUGUGGCUAAAAAGGGGCUAAUAAGCUAUUCAUGACAGACUUUAGCAUUGAUGAUGCUAUUGCUAUUUCUUAUUGGAAGACACCCAUACAGUGAAGAAGGAGAACAGUGGGGCAGCCGGGAGAGGGAGAACAGACAGGAAGGAUGGAGGAAGGGGAAAAGAGGGAGAAGGAGGGAAGAAUGGCUGUUUCUGUGACAUUAUUUUUACAUUAGUGGAGCUGAGGGGGGUUUUCGGCGCUAACUUCAUCGAGCGACUGUUACCAUGGCAACACAAUGGGGUCAGAGGAAGCGUUCCUGAGAACGUAGCGCUCGGUCUGGUGCUCUGGGGAGAACUGAGUAAAAAACUGAGUUUAAUCUUCAAUGUUUUGGAAGAUUAUUAUAUUUCUCCCCCCAAUGAGCUGCUGUUUUGGGUGCAGGAGGCAUCAUGUCCGCUAGGGGGCGCUAGCUGUGUGGCUGCUGGGUUUGGGCUUAUGGUCCUGAGUACAGGAGUGUAACCCCUUCGUUUCUACGGUUCUGACCCGGUCUCACGCUGGGUGCUGACCCGGUCCGGGAUGUCGGUUGUGGAGAAGGGAGAGGCUCUUUUUUUUGGGCCGUUGCCGGGAUCAGGCCAACCUUUUUUUAUAUAGCACUUCUCCUGCAGGAGUGCCAUACAAAGUGCAGCAGUUCACAGUAAUUAUGGUUAGAGCAAGCCGAGGACAAUGUCAAUAAGGAUGGAAUAAAUGCGGUCACAGUGCCGUUCGAACGGAAACGCACUGAGUUCGCAUCGUUGAAUGCAGGACCUCCAGUGCAUUUGACACUGCCCAAACAGGGACGGUUUGAGUGUGAUACUCUACUGACCGAGCUGUCCAGCCUACGUGAGAGCUCACUAACGCAGAAUCCCCCCGGCCGCAUUGCUGUCGUUCUGCUGGCACGGACAGAGCCAGGAGAGGAUUGAGCCUGAGCCCCAGUUCUGCGGACCCCCCCCCUCUCUCUGUCACUGGACCAGAACCCCCUGCUGCCAAUGAGUAUUUUCUCACCAGCGUUUCACCAGCCUUUCUCUCUUCAGUGGGGUGUUUUUAGCUUGCUUGCUUUUUUUGGGGGGGAGUUCUGGCCUGGGUUCUCCUGAAUU